AUAUAGAAUCAAUGGUGUCAUGAGGUGACGUGUGCUCUGUCAGAUCUUUCUGCUGAUGGCCUCGUAAUUUCAGUGACCAUUUUACGCUAGUCGAAAGUAUAAGAAAACACGUUCAUAUACAAUGUUAAAAUACGCAAUUUUCUUGUUUGUACUGCAUGUAUUUUUCAAAUCUACCACAGGGCUUUAUUUUCACAUCGGUGAGACGGAACGAAAAUGUUUCAUCGAGGAAAUUCCCGAUGAAACUACGGUUUUAGUGAACUAUAAGGUGGAACUUUAUGAUCCCAGAAGUGGUGGUUUUAUGCCAAGUAGUCCAGGCAUCGGAAUGCAUGUAGAAGUUCGAGAUCCGGACGACAAAACCAUCCUCUCCAGGGUAUACAGUUCUGAAGGACGAAUUUCAUUUACUUCUCAUAUACCUGGAGAGCAUAUUAUAUGUUUAUAUUCUAACAGCACAGCCUGGUUUGGUGGGACACAACUGAGAGUACAUCUUGAUAUUCAAGUCGGAGAACAGGCGAUUGAUUAUGCUAAUGUAGCUCAGAAAGAGAAACUUUCAGAACUUCAAUUAAGAAUACGUCAACUUUUGGACCAAGUGGAGCAAAUAACUAAAGAACAAAGUUAUCAAAGGUAUCGUGAGGAACGGUUCAGACAGACUUCGGAAAGCACGAAUCAAAGAGUUCUGUGGUGGUCGUUGACUCAAACCAUCGUUCUACUAGUUAUGGGUGCAUGGCAAAUGAGGCAUCUGAAGAGCUUCUUUGAAGCAAAGAAAUUAGUGUAAUUCAGGUGUGGAUUGAACAUUGAACAUUACCAUUUACUCAUCUUUUACUGUAAAUGGCAAAUUCAAAGAGAUUUCUUUCAUUCAAAUUCACCUCAUAUUGUAUCUAUGCAUUUUAAAAUCUGAAAUCAUCUGAUUUUGUUUCUAAAUGUUUCAAUUUCUGUACAGUAAAACUGCAAAUAGUGUUUAAUAAACUCUAUUUAUAAAUUUCAUUGUA